AUGGGUACCGAUAAUCAUGAUCAUUCGUUGGCUACUGGUGUACAAUCAUUGUCGUUUGGUGAUGGUUAUAAUCAAGAAAUAUCAGUUGGAGUAUUACCAUCAUCAUUACAAUCAUUGUCGAAUCAAAACAAAAACAAUAUUACUCUAAAAGUGAUGUUUAUUCGGUUGGAUGUACUCUUCUCACAUUACUUUCAUGGUAAAUAUAAUAGCCACUCAUCCAAGUAUAAACAUCUAUUUUAUCAAAUCGAAAAGACAUUAUUCAAAGAGAGAAAUCAAUUAGAUCCAACAGACAACAAAAAGGCCAUGCAUAUUGAAUAUCCAUUAAAAGAUAUGGAUGAAUUAUUUAAAUUGGACAAUGACAAUAUUCAUCAAAUGUUUGAACAUGAUCAUCAAUAUUUGAAUAUAAGAUUUAUUCCUGUUCCAACUGAACAAGACAUUGGACAAAAUGACCUAAACAGUUCAGAUUGUAGCAUUUUAUAA